AUGGGCGCGGCCGCAGAGGGGUGGGAGUGGCGCAGGACACUGCCCCCAGCACGGCCGCCGCCCCCACCGCCCCCACCGCCCAGCCGCACGUUGCAGACAGCUGUCACAUGCACGCCGAAGUGGAAGCGCCUCCGACGCUACGAGAGACGCCGGAGGGAGCCGGCGGCACUCCACACAAAUCCUGCCUGCACUGCUCCACUUCGCAUAGAAGGCUGUCGCUCGCGAGCGAACGGAACGCCCGCCCUAAAGGGCCUGCGGGGGGCGGCAGAGGCGGCAGCGGACCGCCCCCGCGGGGGCAGGAAGGGGCGGGCAGUUUGCCUUUACGAGGCGCGGCGCGGCGCGGCGCAGAUAGCUUUAUCGUCGACGGGUCCUCCCCGCGCAGCUGUUGGCCUGCGCGUCAGUCUGCCCGGCUUGUUACCGCGAACAGUCCCGCGGCGCUCCCCACCCACGCCCCCGGCCGUUACGCCAGAGGCGCAGUUGAACUCUGCUGGCUACCGAGGGCUCCGGACUACGGGCUGUACGAUAUUGCCUCCCGUGUAA